GCCGAGAGUGCGCAACCUUGCCGCCGUGAGGGUCUUCUAGAUCCCGGUAAGCACCGGUCGAAGCCGCAUUGUCAAUAAGCAGCAGAUACUAGCGCGCCCCUUGAACUUUAUAUGCUCCCCUCUCUGCCUAUUGAGUGGAUUUGCCAUCUAGUGCACGCCAUAGCUAAGCUUCGCCCUCGGUAUAGGGGCGGCACGGCGUACGCAUAUAUUGCUUGGUCCUGCCGCACGGUAGGUUGUAGUCUCGGCCGCCUUGACGCUUCUUCCAGCAGUCUCCAUCUUCCUUCCACUACAACUAUAUUUGUAUUCUCGGGAAAGAUGAAGUUCGUGCACUCAUUGUUGUUGGCGCUAAGCAGCGCAGCUUCUCUUGUCUCGGCCCAAAGCAACCCUUUCAAGGUCCCACCAGGGAAUUACGUGGCGACUGCGGGACAGCCGCUAAACUUGACAUGGACGCCUACCACGCAAGGCACGGUCACCUUGGUGUUGAGGAGUGGUAGCAGCGCAAACUUGUUCGCUGGCACCGUCAUCGCAUGUACGCAGUGGUCCGCCAACUAGAGUGGAAGAACAGCACUGACAAGCCGUAGCGAGCAUCCCAAACAGCGGCACCUACAUCUGGACCCCUGCCACCAUGCUCACGCGCGGCUCCGACUACACCAUCGAAAUCGUUG